UUUAUUUCAAAGUUUGAACAAUAACGAGGUACACACUCCAUGUUCUUCCAGCUGAAGCUGAAGAACACCAUUGUUGCUGUUUCGGAACACUGAUCGGAGCAACCAAACAGUUUUGUUCACUCAAUGUUUUGUUCUACAUUAAUCCAAUUCAAGCUUCCAACCUCCUUAGAUCUCCUUUCCACUGUUCAAUGUAAUUGUAGAUCCUGCAGGUUCUCACUAUGAGCAAGGCAUUUUCAUCAAGAAAACCCUCUUCUCUGCCUCCACCAAAGGCAACAGCAAACUCUGCAAAGAAUAGGCUAAGUCCUCGAAGCCCGUUGCAGGAUCUCAACCGCAUUUCCAACAGCAGCAACAGCAGCUAUGCUUCUUCCAAUCUAUCCACUGAACCCCCAAGUGGUUGCCUCAGGUUCCUGUCUUCCUCUUCUUUCAAAACACCUGCAUCACACAAGCCGAAGAGCCUCUCCAAAACCCCUAACUCAGUACCCGAUGGGAUUUGUUCGAAACAACCCAAACCUAAGUCCUCAAAGGAGAAUCUUUCUAGAGGUAGCAAUGCUGAGCCACAAGCAAAAAGGAUCUCGUCGAAUAAGGCACGGCCAUGUCGGAAGAACCCCCCAUGCAGGACUGGGCAAAAGUCUAAGCCUUGUUCUGUUCUGAGUGAGCAUGGCAAACUUUUACCUGGGUUGGCACCUGGAUCUGAGGAGUUAAAGGGAAAGAAAGACAGUUUGAGAGGGAUAAUUGAUAAUGGCAAUGAGGAUUCCCGGCUUAAAACCUCUCAUGGUACUCCUAGCUUGACUCCUUUGAGUAGAAAAGUUGCUGAGUUGGAUUUGGAUUGUAUGAUUCAUGAGGAUGUUAACGAGAACUCAAAUAGAAGUGCUAGUAGAACACCUCCGAUUAAUAACUCUGUUUCGCCCGAGAUACAAUGUGGAUCUUCUUUGGUUUCAACAACCACACCGGCUUGUUAUGGUGCUGGAUAUCUUGUUUCUGGUGUCACUGACAAGAGGAAAUGCAGGCCUAGAGGGAUUCUUACUGUAGAAGAGAACUAUUCAGGCUUUGAUAAAACAGCUGCUGAUAGUUUUGAUGAUGGUGGUGAGAAGAAAGUCACAGAUGUUAGCGACGAUGUGAGUCCUUCCUUGUUGCCUUUGCCGGUUGAAGCUUUAGUGCAUUGGCUUUCUUCGCCACGUAACAAGGGGAAGAAGGUUCUCAGUCCAAAUGCCCACAGCGAAGCAAAACAAAGUGAAGGACUAGCAGAAUCCACAACUUUUGAUUCCAGUACUUCACCAUCAUGCAGUUCCAAAUCUUUUUGGAAUAUAACUGAUGGCAGUGAUUUGUCUGGUACUUCUUAUCAUAUAAGGAGAAAGAUGAGUUCUUCAAUUUCUCCAAGUGGAAUUUCCGAAUUCCAAGUAUGUUUUGAUUCCAUGUUGUCCCCUUCUUAUCCAUCCAUAUUAUUUUCUACAAAUUCCAUGCUUAGUUGUAGUAGCUCGGGAAAAGGUAAAAAAGAUCAGUACAAUCCCAUUGAUGAGAAUUCACCCUUAUCCCUGAAUUCAAUAGGCAGUGGGAAUGUUAUGCAAACUCCAGAAUCAGACUACGGUUCAGACUUGCAUAUUGCAUUGUCGUUUGUCCAUACAGACAAUCGAAAACAAGGUAGUCCUAAUCCUGUCCUUAAUUCUAUCAAUGAUGUUUUCACAUCAGAAAGCCUCCACCUCAAUAGCUCUGUGCCACCAGAGGAUUCUGUUAAUUCUAGUUUCCAAUUUGAUUGUUUAGCUGUGCCUUGUGAAUCGAUUGAUUUCAGCAAACUUCCUAGAUUUUCAGAUGAUCAGGAUCCUUGGUUAUCAAGUUGUACAUUAGGGAAUGCAUCCGAAUCACAAUCCCAAAUGAGCCAACCUUAUGAUCCGGAUGAAUUUGACUGUUGUAGAUGUUUGUCAGACGAAGAAGACCUUGCUAACCACCAUGAUAGCAAUAGGUUAUCAGCUCCACGAAUCGAUGAAGAUGAUGGCUGUGAAAUAUCCAAGGAUGUCAACAUUACUCACAAGGAAGACAAUGAACUCGAAAUUGAUGGGUCUGGCAAAGUAUUUCCUGCUUUGACAUCAUAUUCAGGUGCUGAAUCCAUAAGCACUGAUGGAGGUGGUUUAGUUGCUUCAAAGGAUGGUUCAGAUUGGUGUUCAUGCUACAAGAACAAUUCAAUUUGAUGUGUGAGUUUUAACGUUUAUGGUGAAGGAAGACAUUUUC